AGGGCCUUUGAAAGUUUGAAGAUGAAGUAGGUGCUGUGCAGAAUGGAUGCCUGUUGCCGCUGGACAGGUAGUCGAGACUCUUUGGAGUGUAAGGGCCUGCUGGAAGUAGACGUAUGUGGGGAAGUUGGCUCGGAGUCUGAGGAAGAACAUGCUGAAGUGGAUAGGCUUGGGCUUCCUGCCUGCCUCUACGACGGCGGAGAAAUCUUAUGGACUUCCCACGCUGUCGGCCCUGCAAUCCCAUGGCUCUGGGCCUUGAAUCUCACUUUGAUGGCCCAUGCUGCAGUGUUCUUCUUGUUGGUGCUGCUACUCAGGUCAUGCACUUCUGGAAGUUCUUAUCCUGCAGCACCCAUAUGGAUCAUGAUCAUUGCGGUUUUGCCACUACCACUGCAGAUAGCUGCGGAGUAUAAAUCCAUUUGCACGGUUCUUCCCACUUUCACGAAUGACAUGAUGCAGUGGCAUCCGAGUGGUGCGAGAUUUACAGUCAUGUCGGUUCCAGUGCCUGUGAACUGUUGGAUCUUCUACUGCAUGAUCCUCUCAACAGUGUUCUUUGCAGACUUGCUUACUGAUAGCAAUUUUGCUGGCACGAUGAGCUUCUCAGGCGCUGAGAUGUGCUCCGACCGGACGGACGAAAUCUGGAAUUUCUGGUGGACGCACAGCCUGAUGGGGAUGACGGGUUUGCCGCCCAUUCGGCUCGAUCAUUUGGUCUUUGUUUGCUGGCUACUGACCUUUCUUCAGCAAGUGGUCCCAUGUGCCACGAUGCUUCGUGCCGACCACAUGACCUAUGCGCUGAAAGAUGAUGGCAAAUCAACGGCUAUCAUGACCGGACAACAGCUCUACAACGAUGAUGUGUUCUUUGAGCUCGGAACGGCUGCUGGUUUGAAGUCCAUCACUCAGAUUUCCACCAACUGUAGGUGGUGUCAUGUGAAGAGGCUUUCCAAGAGCCAGCCGUGGAGGGUCAUGGGUUACGCAAAACCUUUGGCCGAGCAGCUCAGCAAGAAGUUCUUCCUCUCAUACUUUCUGGAGCCUGCUGUCCAAAUCAAUCUGCAAGCUUACAUUCUUGCAAUCAACCGCCACCAGAUGGGCUACUUCGCAUUGGUGCCGGCACUCUCCCUGGGCUUGAGCAUGUUUACUACCGCCCUAAACCUGGCCGAGAUGCUGGCGUUCUUCCGCCUGUGGAAGGAGCUCCAAGACAUUGUUGAACAAGCCAAGGAGCAUCCGGAUAUGCCCGAAGAGGCAGCACCCAAGUUGGAAGCAGGUUUGACCCUCUGGUGCCAUCGAGCCGUCUUUGUUGGACUGAUUUUCAUCGUUGCGGCCGCGACAUUGUUCACGGCCGGUCUCACAGUCUUUGGCGCACACCACUGCCCUCAUGGACUUAUCACCGUUUUUGGCUGCUUACAUGCAGUAUCGGAUGUGUAACCAAUGUGUAGCACUCAGCUGUAAAGAUCAUGAGCUUCGUUAAUGCCAGAAAAAAACAAUGGCAUUGAUUCUCAC